CUAAUAUUUAACAUGUAGGCCAAUGGCGUUUCCUUUGUGCUGCUGGGAGCGAUGACACCUUUUAUGAACGAUGCUUGUGCAGACAUGUGUCGUCACUCCGCCCUUUGCCCCGGUUACACGCGCUCCCUCCCGUCACCGGCGGUGUUUACCGGGCUCACAACCGAGGUCCACCCCGACUGGAAGAUGUCUCGGGCCGCGGAGAGACUCAGAUUGCUGAUCAAUCACCUCGAUCAACCCCCCGCCGCCAUCAGAGCUGCUCCGACCUUUGCUCCGACACUCAGCUCCAGUCCCGCUCAGAGACUGAGAUACACGGACGACACCGACCUGCUGACCCCAGAGCAGCGACUCUCCUAUGAGAAAGAUGGCUUCAUCCUCAUCAAGGGCCUGGUGUCUGAAGAGGACAUCGACCUGUUCAGGACGGCGUUUGAACAGGUGUGCCGACAGGAGGUCAAGGUUCCCGGCAUGAUGGUGAUGCGCGACGUGGCGAUCGCCAAGUCCGAGUUCGUCGCGGAUCAGAGAGCCGUCUCCAAAGUCCAGGAUUUCCAGGAGGAUCCCGAUCUGUUCCGCUACUGCUCCUUGCAGCAGAUCCUGAAGUACGUCGAGUGUUUCACCGGACCCAACAUCAUGGCCAUGCACACGAUGCUCAUCAACAAGCCUCCCGAUGCAGGGAAGAAGACGUCCCGCCACCCGAUGCACCAGGACCUGCACUACUUCCCGUUCCGCCCGGCCGAUCGGAUCGUCUGCUCCUGGACGGCGAUGGAGAGAGUGGACCGGCAGAACGGCUGCCUGGUGGUGCUGCCGGGGACGCACACCGGCACGCUGCAGGAGCACGACUACCCGGAGUGGGAGGGGGGCGUGAACAAGAUGUACCACGGGGUGCGCGACUACGACCCGACGCUCCCCAGGGUGCACCUGGAGAUGGAGCAGGGCGACACCGUCUUCUUCCACCCGCUGCUCAUCCACGGCUCCGGCAUGAACCAGACGAGGGGCUUCCGCAAGGCCAUCUCCUGCCACUACGCCAGCGCUGACUGCUACUACAUCGACGUGAAGGGAACCACGCAGGAAAACAUCGAGAAAGAAGUCACGGAGAUCGCUACCAGGAAGUACAACAUGGGCGACGAGCUCACCUUAAAGGACACCUGGGCUUUCAAAGGCCGCCUGGUGCAAGGAGAGAGGACCACGCUGUGAAGGUGAGGCGUGGACGGAGAAAAGAAGAAAACACCACGUCAGCACAAAUGAUCGGAUACGAAGCGGCAGGAAGUGUUCCAGGACGAGGAAAUCUCUAAUCGUGUUUUAUCCCUAAUCUACUUCAGAAAUGGAGGAACGCCGUGUCGUUAGAUCACGUUAUUCAAUCGGGGCAUCUGAGAAAUUCGGGAAUGUAAUCCAUGAUAUUCUAAAAGAGGAUAUAAAAAAACGAGGGAGAGAGGGAGAGAGGGAGAGAGAGAAUUAACACCAAUAGAGGCCUGAUACACAGUGGCUCAUUGUCGUGUUACUGUGUGUUUGAUGAGUUAAAAAAUAUAUAUAUUAGAAUAUUCAGUAUAUUAAUAUAUAUAUAUAUUAAUAUUCUGAAUAUAUAUAAAUAUACUGAAUAUAUAUAUAUAUAUAUAUAUAUUAGUAUAUUCAGUAUUA